AUGCUCCUGCGCAGGACCCCGCUCCCCAGCCGCCCGUGCAGGGGGAACUCUGUGCCACUGGCCGCCGUCUCGUCGCUCUCGGUCACUCGCACUCUGGGCCAGGCCCGCCUGCGAGCAGCAUCCAGUGGCCCCCGCCAAGUCCACCACGAUGCCGGAAUCCCAUCCCGAGCACGUCCUCGCGCCCUGCAGCUCCGGCCGAACCCCGAGGCGGCCCCUUCUGGCUCUUCUGGCCACAGGAACCCCCCGCGGAACGGCAUCACCACCGGCUGUCAACUUACACCACUUACACCACACUCACAACGCCUGAGGCUCUCAUCGUCGCUUGCUAUAUCCAGGCCCUCGCCCACAAGGACCACAGUGAAAAACAGCCAGCAGGACCGAUCACAUGCACUUGACUCACCUAGUGUGACAGCAAUACCAAAAACGAGCACAACGACACUGACAGGCUCACUCGUAUCCCCAUCAGCACACUCACCACCAGCAGCCAGAGCACUUCACUCGUCAGCCUCUCCGCCCGGCAUGUACACGACCUCCUUCGCCUUCUUCGAGUCCCUCGGGGAGGCCGGCAUCAGCCAUGUCUUUGUCAACCUGGGGUCCGACCACCCCAGCAUCAUCGAGGCCAUGGUCAAGGGCCAGCGUGAGAAGAGUGCAAACUUCCCCCGGAUCAUCACAUGUCCAAAUGAGAUGGUGGCCAUGUCCAUGGCAGACGGCUACGCCCGCCUGACCAACAAGCCACAGGCCGUCAUCGUACAUGUUGAUGUCGGCACGCAGGGCCUCGGCGCCGCCGUGCACAACGCCAGCACCGGCCGUGCCCCAAUCCUGCUGUUCGCGGGCCUGUCGCCCUUCACCAUUGAGGGCGAGAUGCGCGGCUCGCGCACCGAGUACAUCCACUGGGUUCAGGACGUGCCCGACCAGAAGGCCAUCGUCUCCCAGUACUGCCGCUACUCGGCCGAGCUCAAGACGGGCAAGAACGUCAAGCAGAUGGUCAACCGCGCCCUGCAGUUCGCCCGCUCCGCGCCCCAGGGCCCCGUCUACCUGUGCGGCGCCCGCGAGGUCAUGGAGGAGGACAUCGAGCCCUACAGCGUCGACCCCAAGUUCUGGGAGCCCGUCGAGCUGGGCGGGCUGCCGCCCCGCGGCCUCAAGGACAUCGCCGAGGCCCUCGCCGGCGCCAAGCAGCCCCUCAUCAUCACGGGCUACGCCGGGCGCAACCACGCGUUCCCGGAGAAGCUGGUGGAGCUGGCCGACACGGUGCCGGGCCUGCGCGUGCUGGACACGGGCGGCAGCGACAUGUGCUUCCCGGCGUCGCACCCGGCGUGGCUGGGCCUGCGGUUCGGGCGCGAGGACUACAUCAAGUCGGCCGACGUGAUCCUGGUGCUGGACUGCGACGUGCCGUGGAUCCCGACCGGGUGCAAGCCCAGCGCCGACGCCAGGAUCUUCCACGUCGACUGCGACCCGCUCAAGCAGCUGAUGCCCGUCUUCUACAUCGACGCCCUGCAGCGAUACCGCGCCGACAGCCUCCUGUCGGUGGACCAGAUCACGCAGUACCUCCGGACCAACGAGGGCACCAAGGCCCAGCUCUCGGGCGGCGAGGCCGGCGCGCGCGCCGAGGCGCUGAAGAAGAGCCACGCUCAGCGCCUGCAGGAGAUCGAGGCCAAGGCGAAGCCGGCCGACGACGGGCAGUUCGGCACGGGCUACCUGUGCCGCAGGCUGCGGGAGCUGUGCCCCAAGGACACGAUCUGGUCGAUCGAGGCGGUGACCAACACGGCGUUCGUGCACGAUAACUUGCAGCCCGAGGAGCCCGGGUCGUGGAUCAACUGCGGCGGCGGCGGGCUGGGCUGGUCGGGGGGCGGCACGCUGGGCAUCAAGCUGGCGACGGACGUGGAGAGCGGCGGCGCCGGCAAGGGCAAGUUCGUGGUCCAGAUCGUGGGCGACGGCACGUUCCUGUUCAGCGUCCCCGGGUCGGUGUACUGGAUCGCCCAGAGGUACGGCAUCCCGGUGCUGACCAUUGUGCUCAACAACAAGGGUUGGAACGCGCCUCGCAACUCACUCCUGCUGGUGCACCCCAACGGGUUGGGUUCCACGGCGACAAACGAGGAGAUUAACAUCUCGUUCGACCCGGUGCCGGACUACUCGGGCAUCGCAAAGGCUGCGGCGGGCGGCAAGCUGCACGCGGCGAGGGUGGACAGCGCCAACAACCUGGACGCGGUGCUGAAGGAGGCCAUCGAGAGUGUCAAGAACGGCCAGGCCGCGGUGGUGGAUGCCAAGGUGCUCAAGGGCUGCUAG